UUUUAUUUUGCUUUAGCUGUAAAUUUAUAUUAAUAAUAACCUUUAAAUCACUAAGUAUAAUUUGAACCCAAAAAAAAAAACCAAGUAUAAAGUUCCUGAAAGUCUGAGCCAGAAAAUAAGAUAUUCUUCCUAAAAUCCCUAAAGACAAAAGCAUCGAUCUUAUCAAAGUCCAUGGAGAGAUCCGAACCUUCUUCUCGUAUGAUCGAUUUUCUCAACGCCUCGAUGGAGAGAUCCGAAUCUUCUUCUAGGGUUUCUGCUCCGUACACGGGGAAGAGGACUUUGUACGGUGAUAAGUAUGUCGAGGUUAUGAAGCAGUACUAUGAUUACGUCAAAAGCAGGAUAAGGAUCGGUGUUGAAGGUUACGAUACUUCCCUUGAACCGAUUGAUCUUUACCGGGCUUUGGAGAGUCUUUUCAAGACAUGUGGAGAAGUUCACAACAUCGAGAUUCGCCGAGAUCGAGUGACAAAAGCACUCCAGAAGUCGUGCAUUGUUAUCCUUCGUGGAGAAGGCGCAGGAGACAAAGCCUUGCAACUCAAUGGAAGUGACAUCGGAGGAAGGAAGAUUGUCGUUACCAGUUUGCCUCCAGGACUCGACCUCAGCACUGGGUUGAGUACUGAUGUACUCGCUGCUAGGAGCGUGGCACAUGAUAAAAGAAAGCGUAGCGAAGGCAUAUCCGUUACUGGAUAUGACACUUCUCUUACUAAAGAUGAUGUCAAGAAUGCUUUGACUAACCAUUUCUCCACAUGUGGCGAGAUUACCGACGUUUUCGUUCUCAACAGCCGUGCCCUGGUCUACUUCUACGAACAAGGCUCCAACAACCGAGCGCUUCAGCUGUCUGCAGGAACCGACCUAGGAGGCUGCACACUGAUGGUCAAAGCCUUGCCCUAUCCAAAACCCAAAGGUAGUGCCUGGACCCGUUUGCGUUACCGUUUCAGGUCGGCCACUCUCUCAACGAUCACUGGGUGGGCACAUCAGAUGUGAGAGGAAUUCUGGUUUAGUAUUUUAUUUUAUGAAUUUCGGCUUGUUUGCUUGUUAUGUUUAGUACCCAAAAAAAACUUAUAUUUCGGAUGUGUUUGAUUACUACAAAAAAACUUAUAUUUCGGAUAUGUUUGAUUACUACAAAAAAACUUAUAUUUCGGAUA